AUGACAGACGACAAUAUUCAGGAUGAAACAAGGACAUAUAACAUUGGCAGUGAUCAUACAGUCGACCUAGGAAGCAAAGUAUACAUUGAUGGUCUAAAAAUAGAACAAGGGAGCGGUUCAUUCAACGUUCAAAUCUUCCAAGGAUCAUGCAUAGAACUGGUAGAUGGCAAUUUACAAACUAUCGAAGAUUGGUAUCUUGGCUUCAACAAUGGAGAAAUUACAACAUUUGAGAUGAGUUCGUCAUAUUUGUUUGCUCCUGUUCUUGCGAGAUGUUUAUAUUUUAAUUCUACUGACAAUUUGAUGGGUAGAAGACUUAGUGUAAGACAGGUUACAAGUAAAUUCGUCUUGGCAGAAUACAUGGCAGUAAAGGCGGAAUGGAAUAAACCCGUCUGCAGUGAAAUGGAAGUGAUGUCAAGGAAGGAUAUAAUACCCGACCAUGCUAUAGAUAUAACCCAGUUCACGCUUUCAUUUGUCAAUUUUUCUAACGGAGGUGAAUUUACCGUACCAGCCGUAUCGGCAGGAUAUAUCGAUGUUUUCGUUCACGAUGCAGCCGAAUUCUGGGUUAACAAUCUUGAAAUUCUGGUAUCAGUUGAUGCUGAAAUAACAAUAAAAUACUUAACGUAUACAAAUUGCACUAACCAUUCAACUGGAAAUCUAGAAGAAGUUUCUUUGAAUGACGCUAUCAUCAGACACGUUCCCGCAAACGUCCUUCAUCGUGAAUUGUUCGCUGACCUGAAAGUCGCGAACAUGCCGGCAUUUUGUUGCGAAUAUUUAGAAAUACAAGUUAGAGCUGACGACCCUGUUGUAAAUUCUGUGUUCACAGUUGCGUUAAAUAUAAGCGGAUUCUUCCUAGGACCGGGAAAUCUUUUCUCAAGUAUGACACCUAUACAGAAUCUAUUUGACACUAACAAUGUGUCAGUCCGGGCAUGGUUUCAGCCGAGACCAAUCGUUGCUUUUGACGCUCUCCGACCUGGAGGUGGGGGUCUCAUGCUUGGUACAAUAAUGGAAGAUAUUUCAAUUACCAUUUACCUCAGCAUGGACGUUGACAUUCCUGUGAAAAGUGUAGAGUUAAGAGGUACCUUGUUUGCAGCUGCUGUAGAUAUUGGUGGCGAAACACUCUUUGGUUCGAAAAACUCUUCUGAUUCUAUCGUCAUAACGUUCUCUAACGCCGCCGGGAAAUAUGUACACAUCUUUGAUAUACAGCCGGCAACCAGCACAACAUAUAUAGAUAUGACAGUUAGAAUAAACGCCUGCGUCAUGCAAAGCAAUUCAUCAAAUGCCAAUUUAACUACGAUAUACCAGUCGGGUCCUCAAACAGUAUCAAACACUUCAGCAAUCUACAGUUCAUUUACGCAGAUUCCACCAGAUAUGCAGCUAGUUACAACAACAACAACAACAACAUACAAUUGGAAUACAAUUGCGUCUAGCCGUCUUGGUCACCUUUCAGUAACAACGACUACCCCGCAUCACCAUUCAACUACGACGACAAACCCACUAGUUAAUUAUCCUGUAACAUCGACUACUCAAAAUCACCACUCAACGACGACGACAGAUCAAUUCAUAAAUAAUUUAGUAUCUACCGCCACACUUAACGCUUUCUCAACUGCGAUAAAUACACCAGUAAAUAACCAAGUUCUCUCAGCAACUCUAACCUCUUUCUCAACUGCAAUUAAUACACCAGGUAAUAAUCCAGUUCCCUCGGCCACUCUAAACUCUUUCUCAAUUGCGAUAAAUGCGUCAGUUAGUAACCCAGUUCCCUCGGCCACCCUUAACUCUUUCUCAACUGCGAUAAAUACACUAGUAAAUAAUCCAGUUCCAUCAGCCACUCCAAACGAUUUCUCAACUGCUGCCACAAAUUCAGCAGGUAACCUUACAGUUACACCAAUUUCUACAAAUGGCAACCAAAAUGGGACAAACAAUCCGACUUCAAAUGCAGUCUCGGAAAAUACUCCACAUGCUACUACUACAAAAGAGACAACCAUCUCUCUAGAGUCGACAACCGAGUCCAACAAGAAAGGACAAACUGCAAACAAAGGAUGCAUUUGUUCUAACGCGACACGGAAUUAUACAUCCGCGGAAUUAAAAGAGGUUGUGAAAGAAAUUGUAAAAAAUCUCACAGUUCCCGUCUCAAAAACGUCGGCUUUUAAAAGGUCAAAAAUGUCGAUGCCAGACGAGCGGAGAUCGUCUGCGGUUAUUGGAGCGGUAGGAGUCGCUAGCAUGGUUACAAUUUUCGGGGCUGUCGUAGCAAUGGAUGCGAUUCACAUCAUUUCUGCAGUUAAUUUCAUUAAGUCGAUUAUAAUCAAAGGCUAAUGAAUUUUUAUGCUCUUGUUGUCUUUACAUUUAGAAGUAAAUUUGGUCAUACAUAUUUUUUCAUUAACUUUUUAUCUGUUUUAAUUAAGUCAGCCAAAACGGCCGUUGAUACAAAUGUUUUAAUUGUUACAGAAUUGCACAUAUUGUUAAUAGUUUCUCCAGACGUUGCCAUAUGUAUA